AUGGCUUUCUGUGUGAACCUCUGCUACUACACCUCCUUCCCUUCUCUUUCUCAUUUUUCGAAAACAUUGACAAGGAAACAUGGACAUUGUUCUUUUCCAUUGAUUCGUGCGGCUCAAGCCGGUGAACCUGGUGGCAGCUCACAGCCACAGACUAAUAAGAGUGAUGCUUCCUCAUCCUCAUCUAGUACUGCUCAGUCUUCAACUGCUGCCCCUAAGGCUCUUCCCAAGAAACCUGUUUAUUCCAUGAAGAAAGGCCAGAUUGUGAGAGUGGACAAGGAGAAAUAUCUCAGUAGCAUCAAUUAUCUUUCUGUUGGACACCCACCUUAUUACAAAGGAUUGGACUACAUUUAUGAAGACCGUGGCGAGGUUCUGGAUAUGCGAAUAUUUGAAACCGGAGAGCAUGCACUUGUUGCAUGGGUAGGAGUCCCAACAGCUCCAGCUUGGCUUCCUACAUACAUGCUUAUUAAGUCAGAGAAGCUCAAUUAUGAGAGGCUGUAA